AUGUCGUGGAUGGACUCCUGCCAGCGGCGCACCAACGCCGCCGCCUCCGCCAAAACAGAGGCUCGCUACUGCUCCACGCGAUGCAGGCACCAGAAGCCCGGCAAGCUCGACCGCGAAAUCGAGCGCGCCUUUGCGCAGCUCCUCGAGGGGCGGACAUCGCUGGAAGCCGGCCGCCAACCGGCCGCCAACGGACACGCCGCCAAGCACGGCAAGAAGGGCGGUGUCUAUCACAAGGCGGGACGCAAGGUCAAGGGGGACCAGAGGAUACUCGUGUCGUGCUCGGCGGUGGAGGACCUCGUGUUUGGGCGGGGCAGCGAGGACAGCCACUCGGACAGGUCGGGCUCGCCCGAGCAUGAACGCGAGAACGGGCACGAGCGCGAGGAAAGAGAGCACGUCAUCGUCAUGCCCACGCAGCCGCCAGAGGAGCAAGACGGUGCCCCGCACGUGGCGGACAUUGCGAUUAGUUCCGACGAGGGCUACGUCGACGGGGACGUAUUAGCGCGCCUGUCGGUCCGUAGCGGCACGCGUAUCCGCCCGCCCCAGAGCGUAUCCGAGGUCAACGGCAGCGUGGGCGGCGAAAAGGGCUGGGCGGAGCGCAUCGAGGAGAGCGAGGAGAUGUUGGGGAAACGGAGGCAGGGCUUGCGCAGAGCCAAGGAGAAGGAGAUGGUGCGGUGCGCGGCGCGGCGGGGGUCGUCUUUGGGUUCGCGACGGGCGCGGCGGCGGACGGGGACCGGUCCGAGGGGAAGCAGGGCGCGGGGAGCGUAG